AUGGCGCAAUCUUACUUCGUCUCCGGUCCACAGCAGUACUUGAUCAGUGAGGGAAGGCUCUAUGUGGCAGCCACACCUCUUGAAGCCAAGGACUUGAAGGCGACAUCCUCGAAAAGGAGGCGCGUGCAUGCUGAGAGCUCUGCAAGCCUACCGGUGUCCCCAGAUUCCCUGGUGCAGAGCAUCACCUCCUCCGUCACUGCCUCCGUCACCUCCACCACCCAGCUGCUGCUGAAGCAACUGGAGCUGGAUGAUGCUCUGGUGUGGAGCCAGACUGUCAAGCUGGCAGCUGGCAUAUGCUCUUCACGGCCCGGAAUCCUCGUGCAAGCUCUGCAGAAAUGCGAGUCCAGGGUUUCGCUUUUAGACGACAUAGCUUCCAUCUUCAUCGAUUCCCUAGCUGUCCAUCCAAGCCCGUUGGGUCCACUCCCCCCAUUGCACCAGUGGCCAGCUCCCUGCCUGAUAAUUUGGGAGGUGGAGGGUUCCACUUUUAUUCAUCCACUCAUUUGCCCGACCUCUUCCUAUCCCAGCCUUGACUCUUAUCUAGGCGAGGUCAAUGAUCCUACGCACUUGCAGGAGCAGCUCAAUGCCUGGCUGCGGUACUGGAAGCCGCUGUUCCCUCGGUACAUGUGGCCCACAAUGCGGGCUGCUCUGGCCUCACAAAAGGAGAAGAUGUACAAGCUGGGGGUUGGACAGUCGCUGGAGCACACGGCCAAGUUGAGGCUGCACCGGGCCAAGCUGGCCUAUGACCGUCGCCGGGCAACUCUUGGAGACUUUACGGACGAGACCCUCCAGAAUCUAGAAGAUGAGGCAUUCGAGAAGCAGUUUGACUAUGAUGACCUGCUGCUUGCAAACAGGGGGCUGCUUGAUUGGUACCGGAGCACGAGCUUCUUCCUCACGGGCCGCACAACCUCUACCGCCUGCAUGGGCGGCAUGGAGUAUCCCGCUGUCAACACCCUUGAGGCCAGCCUCUUUGGGGCGGAUUGCCUGCCCACGCUGCAGGAGGACACUUCGCCGUUCUUUGGGGUGAUCGGCGUUGACGACAAGUCGCAAGUCUUUGCGCCCGUGUGGGGGAUGCUAAUGGCCUGGGUGGCGCAGGGGGGUUUGCAGGAGUGGCUGCCUCAGGCCGAGUCUUUCGAAGAGUCCUUGCGGCUGCUUAGGGAGCGGGAGAUCAAGAAAGUCUGGGACAUCUGGGCUUCGACACCCAAUGCAGACAGCGCGGCGCUGCUCAAGGGUUGGAUGGAGGGGCCGGGUGCUGUCUUCCCCGCGAUGGUCGCCAACAUGCAGUCCCCCCCGGUCGGACUGCCCCCCGUGCACGAAGAGGCUGCCAUCCACGCGCAGCUGCGAGCAACCAACCCCGCCCGCGGGGACUGCCGGUACAAGCUUGAUCGCGAAGCUCUCUACGGCUGGCCGAGGAUGGCCGCUUGCGCCCUGUGCGGUAUGGAGGACGUAGACCAGCUGUCGAGCCUGUAUAGUAGCUGUGCGCAUACGAUCUGCUCUGUCUGCUACACUGUCACUCACCAGGCGUCUAGCAUCAACGGGCCACCCCAGUGUGCGGUCCGCUGCGGGGGGUCCGGGCACGUCAAUCCUGAGCCUAGGCAUGAUCCAGCCACUGUCAUAGAAUUCAGCUGUGCGUCUUUGAGCUGA